CCGCGAACAGUGCGAAGGGGAAUUUUGACGUGAAGUGUGAAAGCACGUGUUUUGUUUUGGAAAAUUGUGCUGCAGAAAAAUAGUGAAAAAUGGCUCUGAAAGCACUGAAAACAAAAAAGUCGAAAAGACAGCCGGCGAAGAUAAAGUACAAGAUUGCGAAGAAAGUCCGGGAACAUCACCGGAAGCUUCGCAAGGAAGCUAAGAAGGCUGUCAAGGCAGGCAGGAAAGGUAAGGGGGCGAAGAAGAAGAUGAUCCAGGUGCCGAAUAUUUGUCCCUUCAAGGAGGAAAUCCUUAAGGAGGCGGAGGAAGCAAAACAGCAAGUUGAAGAGGAGAGAAAACAGCGCCGGGAACUCUUGAAGCGCAAGAGAGUGGAAGGUCAGACUCUAGAAUCGUUGGUGGCGAGUGCAGAAACUCGUGGAGCCAUCCAUGAUGCGCUGUCCGUGAAACCGAGCACUUCCACAGAGGGGAAAGUGUAUAAGGAGGAAAAGUCCAAGGAAAACUCCCUGAAGGCAUAUUUCAAGGAGUUCAAGAAGGUCAUCGCGGCUGCUGAUGUAAUCCUGGAAGUUGUGGAUGCUCGAGAUCCUCUGGGAACUCGAUGCGAGGAGGUGGAGAAGGCUGUCAGGUCUGCUGGCAGCAAGAAGCUCGUGGUGGUGUUAAAUAAGGCGGAUUUGGUGCCUCGUGAAAAUCUCCAGACUUGGCUGAAAUACUUGAGACAAUUCGGUCCUGCCACAGCAUUCAAGGCCUCCACACAGGAUCAAGUGCAGAAGUUGGGACGCAGGAAGUUCCACGAGAGAAACAGUGAGAAAGCGCUUCAGGGAUCAGUUUGCGUCGGAGCUGAAUUGUUGAUGUCAAUGCUGGCGAACUAUUGCAGGAACAAGGGGAUUAAGACGUCGAUCCGCGUAGGAGUUGUGGGGAUUCCCAAUGUGGGCAAGAGUUCAGUGAUAAAUUCUCUGAAGAGGAGCCGCGCCUGCAACGUUGGCUCCACUCCGGGAGUCACGAAGCAGAUGCAAGAAGUGGAGUUGGACUCGAAGAUCAACCUCCUUGAUUGUCCAGGAAUCGUGUUCUCCAAGGGGAACGAAAAUGAUGCUGGGUAUGUUCUGAAGAAUGCCCUGAAAGUAUCCGACGUGAAGGAUCCUGUCGGUGUGGCCACAGCAGUUCUGCAGAGGGCGAGCAAGAUGUUCUUCUGCAAGCUGUAUGAUAUCACGAUGUUCGAAACUCCGGAGGAGUUCUUCGCCAAGAAGGCAAAGAGAAUGGGGAAGAUCAAGAAGGGAGGACGCUUGGAUGUCUUGGCGGCUGCCCGGAGUGUGUUGGAUGACUGGAAUACCGGAAAGAUUCGAUACUGCACGCAUCCGCCGGAGAAUAUGCAGAUGGAUUGCCACGUGAGUGCCGCCAUUGUGAGUUCAGAGGCAAGAGAAUUCGACGUGGAGAACUUUGAGCAGAUGGAGACUGAGAUGAUGGACGGAUUCGGCGUGGUGAAGAAGGAGGAAGUGAUGGAGAUUGUUUCUUCAGGGCCGCUGAAGAUGCAAGAAGUUGAGGAUGAUGAAGAGAUUAUUCCGGCCAGGACGCAGAUAAUUGAGAAGGACGAGGAGAUGAAGGAAGCCGGUCCAAGUGAGUCUAAAAGAGUGAGGAGGGGCGAGCCUGAACCUGAAAAGCUGCCCACAGGAGAGGCGGCAAUCACUGGGAAUCAGACGCUGAACAAGGACUUGAAGAACCGCCUGAAGAAGCAGAAGAAGCGCCAAGUGAAGUCGCAGAAGAAGGUUGACAGUGUCACAGAUGUUCUGGAUAAUCUCAGCUUUGGCAUAAAGGAUGAGGAUUCGGAUGGAGACUACAGCUUUGACACUGACUUCAAUAGGAAUUGAAGAGAAUCUGUAAAAUAAUCUUUGAAAUUAAAGAUUGCGAAUCAAA